AUGGAGUACCGCGCCUUCGACAGCAGCGUGACUGGUGAUGAGCUCCCUCCAACAUAUCAAAUUAGAGGACCAAGGGUGCAUUUCAGUGGGAACGGAAGGUCAUUAGCAGGCGCACUUUCUCAGCCGCACAUCAAGUUGGAUAGCGAUAUACAUCAGAUUGAGCAACAGGCUUAUACUGGUGUUCUCAGAGCAUUCAAAAUGCAAUCGGAUGCCCUGACAUGGGAAAAAGAAAGUUUAAUCACUGAACUAAGAAGAGAGUUGAAAGUCUCUGACGUGGAACACAGAAUGCUAUUAAACAUGGUCAAUGAAGAGGAGGCUGUCCAUAGAAUAAGGCAGUCAAGGCAGGGAGGUGGAAUGCAAUCUAGCUUGCCUUGUAACAGCGUAGUUGAUCACAACCAUGGACCUCUCAAGAGGCAGAAGAAAUCCCAUUCCAUGUAUUCACUCCCUGUGGAUCCCCACUCACCCAUCAUGCCUUUGCAAGCAAUCGUGGGCAACAAGACAUAUAGACUGGCACCAGAAAACACAACUGCCUAUCAAACCCUUCCACAUCAGGGUGGUUGGCUGGCAUCUGAUGGUGUUAUGAAAGGUAUGGAAGGGAGAAGCGGAAGGUAUCAUUCAAACGAGUAUUAUGCUUCACCUAAUGACAUGGGGCUUUUGAACUUCAAUCAUAUUGACAUACCUAAUACUGAAACUCUUGUGAAAAAGGUGGAAAGGGUAUUAUCCGAUCCAGAUGUGUAUACAAUUGAAAGGGCAAAGAAACUGCUUAUAGACCAAGAGCAGUCAUUGCUUGAUGCAAUUGCCAAACUCAAUGAAGCAUCUGAUCACGAAAAUGGUUAA